AUGAAGCUAAUAUGCGAAACGUGCGUGAUUAGCCGAGCGGUGCCGUCUACUAAGCGAGUGUUUCAAAAAACUGUUCUGGCUAUCGGUAAGAACGUUGACAAAAAAUCCGAGGAAACGGUCAUCAUGCUGAUAACGAAUGCCAAUAAGGCAGGUACGAAGUACAAUAUCAAAAAGAAUAUUAGCAAAAUUUUUACGCGCUUCCUAUCGGAAGGAAAGGUUACCAUCUCGUUUCGCAUUCCGGAGCAUGACGUCCAAGUAAAAAGCGAGGUUGUUCAACUGACCGGAUUUCUGAAAGUGCUCAAGUCAGUACUAACUGGAGAACAGGCAACCGGCGAUGGAAGUUCGGUGCCGGUGAAAUUACCCUGCCUUACAGUGGCGAACAAGAAAACUUCAGUUUUAUCCUCCGCGAAAGUACUCGCCACGAAAUGUGUAAUCAAAAGCAGGGGAGAUUACCCACUGAAAGGAUUCUCCCGCAAUCUUGUGAGUUUAACGAUUUCGGAUAUCAAGCUGUCACGUUUUGAUCCGCAAAUUCUUUUGCUGAAAAACCUACGCUCUCUUAAUUUGACAAACAAUUGCUUAGAAAGACUGCCUAGCGCACUCGGUCAGCUAAGGCUUAGCGAUCUGGACAUAUCGGGAAACGCACUUCAAAACGACAAAUGGGAGUGGCUGACGAACCCUGCCAUCCAAUCCAGCCUUCAAAGUCUGCGCAUUGCCCAGAAUAACUUAACAUAUUUCCCAAUCAAUCUCAUAUACACACGUGCGCUCGUCAAAGUCGACCUACAGUCGAAUCACAUCCAAAAGCUACCGUUUGCCGUAUGGAAAAUGUCCCAGCUACGUUUCCUCAAUUUGUCAAAAAACCAAAUAACUGCCGUGCCAGAAUCCAUGAGCCGUAUGAAACUGGACCAAGUGGAUCUGUCGGAAAAUAAACUCGCAACCGAUUCACUGACGGUGCCGGAUCUGAGAAUCGCGGACGUGCGCGGUCAAGUUCCAGCCCUGUGGGAAAUGGCUGCUCGAGUCGUCGUGGCCCGUAAGAUAUAUUACACAACGGGAAUGAUUCCAUUCUUGCUGGUUGAGAUUAUGAACCGGACGCCGAUCUGCGGAUGUGGAUUGCUCUGUUUUACCUCCAAAGUUUACGAACGAGCCAAGGUGAUAAAGCUGAACUGCCAGCAUUUGAUUUUGAACAGCAAUCACGUUCUUUACGCCGAUAGCGUGUUUUGCAGUCAACGGUGCAGUGCGAGGCAGUAGAAGGAAGUGUUCACUUUUUUAUGUUAUUUAUGUGUAAUUUUUCCAAUUUUAUUUAA